UAUACGCAAUGUUAAGCUCUCAGUACUUUUAGGUCAUCGGCGUUUACAAGUUCCAAGCAAUCCUCGGCCAGCGUCACUUCCCCAGUCUCCGCCCUACAGGAUGAGUUCUUCAAACAAUUCCAAGGGAAAAAAGUGCAUCGGAGAUUAUUUAGGUUAUGGAACAAUGUAUGUUUCUGAUAACAACAAAAAUAAGAGUAAGGAAAAUGGAAAAAAUGCAUCAAAAUGCAUUGGAGAUCACAUGGGUUAUGAAACCCCGUAUGCUUCCAAAGAUAAUGAUAAUGGAAAUAAUGCAUCAAAGAGGAAAAGCUGCAUAGGAAAUUAUAUGGGUUAUGGAAGGACAAAUGUCUCUGAUGAUAAUGGAACCAAUCCAUCAAAGGGAAACAGCAAGAAGCCGACCAUAGGCGACAUGAUGGGCUACGGCAAGAAGCCACCUCCCACCAACAACUAAAAAGCCUUCUCAUCAUGUCAUCACUCCAUUGUCAGUGGUCUUGUGUUUGUUUCUUGUCUCCUUUGUUAUAUGUAUCCUUUAAAUAAAGCCGUUUUGUGAUACGUCAUCGUGUUCCUUAGUUUUAUUAUGACGCCUUCGUGCGUGCU